CGUGCUUACGUCACCACCCUGACCUCUUUAGACAUUUCAUGGAUUAGUUUUAGCUAUGAUAACAUAUGUGUUCUUUGAGCCAUUUUGAGUUGCUGCUUGAGUAUCAUGACAUCAGAUUUACACCAGAACUUUGUUCACGCCAUUUCAGAAGUAUAUUUAGUUUCAGGCACAUAGCCGAACGUUAUCUUUCCGUCUGUGAGUUUGUGUCGGACCAAAGUCUUCUCCAGACAACUGACGUACAGUAGCAUAACUACAGCCGUCUGCUUGUGAGGCGCUAAUGUCAUGGCUCUGGUCAAACAAGGUUGUUUUGUAGCGGGUCGUUUAUCCAGCAAUCACCUGUGGCUGAAUCCUAAAUGCAAUCCACACGUGUAUUAUUCUAGUAGCAGUUUGACAACAGCCGCCAAGUCGUCUCCGACACGGCCCGACAGGAAGAAGGAGUUGUUGGUAGACGAUGGACCUGACCUACAGGACUUCAUCACUGGCGAGCUGUCGGAGAAGAGCAAGUGGGAGGAAUACAGAGGCACUCUGAAGAGAGAAAAAGGAGAGAGGCUAAGACUUCCUCCAUGGCUGAAGACUGAGAUUCCCAUUGGGAAGAACUUUAAUAAACUGAAGAACACACUGAGAGACCUGAACCUGCACACUGUGUGUGAGGAGGCCAGGUGUCCCAACAUCGGGGAGUGCUGGGGAGGGGGAGAGUACGCCACGGCUACGGCCACCAUCAUGUUGAUGGGGGACACAUGCACGAGAGGCUGCAGGUUCUGCUCGGUGAAGACCGCCCGCCUGCCGCCGCCUCUGGACCCUGACGAACCCUCCAACACAGCGGCCGCCAUCGCUGCCUGGGGGCUGGACUACGUGGUGCUAACCUCCGUGGACAGAGACGACCUGUCAGACGGAGGGGCAGAUCACAUCGCCAAGACUGUGUCCAGCCUCAAGGAGAGGAACUUUCGGAUACUGGUGGAAUGUCUGACCCCUGAUUUCCGUGGCGACCUGAUGGCGGUGGAGAAGGUCGCCCAAUCAGGGCUGGAUGUGUAUGCCCACAACGUGGAGACAGUCCGCGAACUGCAGAGGCAGGUGCGCGACCCCCGAGCAAACAUGGACCAAUCGCUGAGCGUCCUGAGACACGCUAAAGCAACCAUGCCCCGUGGCCUCACCAAGACCUCCAUCAUGCUGGGGCUGGGAGAGACUGACCUGCAGAUACACAACACACUCACAGAGCUGAGGGAGGCAGGAGUGGACUGUCUGACACUGGGACAAUACAUGCAGCCCACCAGACGCCACCUGAAGGUGGAGGAAUAUGUGACUCCUGAGAAGUUUGCCCACUGGGAGGCGGUGGGCACGGAGCUGGGGUUCCUCUACACAGCCAGCGGACCCCUCGUCAGAUCCUCCUACAAAGCAGGUGAGUUCUUCUUGAAGAACCUGCUGGAGAGGAGAACUGAAGCAGCAACCGAGUAGAAGCUCAUCGCCACCUUCUGGUCGUGCUGCUCGACCUCCCUGCCUCCUCUCUUCUCCCUCCUGUUUCUCUCUUCUGUCUUCCCUUCUUCUUCCCUCCUGUCCUAGGGUCAGGGCUAGCCCUGGAUUAGUCUCUCAUCUCCACAUUACAGAAAUCAAGAUGAACACGUUUUUGUUUAUGUGGUUUAAGUAUGUAUAUUAUUAUAAUAUAUCAACUGCAGGAUCUUUAUCAUAUAAUUUAUAUUCUAUAGUUUCUUUUUAUUCCACCUGGAGCCUUAGUUCUGGAGGACAGGAUGUUGGGACCAGGCUCAGGGAUUCUAGUCAUGAUCUUUGAGGUCAUGGAGGGUCCAAAUAUGAAAACUGGCCCCAAAGCACUGAGAAGAUGGAGUUAUUGAGGCGAGAUGGGUUAUGCUACAAUAGAGAGGCGUAUGAGAGUUACCUUUUGAGAGAUAAUGCUUGAGAGAUAAUGUUGGAGACAAUGCUUGACCUGAUUGUUUUAAGAAGACUUAGCAGGUGAAACUGGCAAAGGUUUAUCUGAAUUUUGUGUAAAUGUAUACAUGGUUUAUGCAUCUAAUAGUAUAUAAAAACUACUUACAAAACAA